UUUUACUCAUAUUGUUAAUAAUUUAAAUUCAUUAAUCUAUUUGUAAUGGCAAGAGUUAGCAACGGUUUACAGAUUCCCUUAUCAUGGAUUCCAGCCAAAGAUGGUAUACUUCCAAAGAAUGCUGUUAAAGCAGAUGAAGCAAUUUAUGUGGCUCGUUGUCAAAUCGAUAAUGAUUUAAUUUGUGGCAAAUUUUCAGAGAAAUAUGGAAAAGCAUAUAUUCCACUUGACGGUAAAGAGUUGGAAUUCACAAACUAUGAAGUAUUAUGUAAUACUGGUAUUCCUGGUUGUCGAGUAGGAUAUGAAUGGAUAAUGAUGAAUGGAGGUGAUGUACCAGAAAAUGCGUUAGUUGCUGGAAUAAAUAAGUUCGGUACACCAUUGUACAUUGUAAAAGCAGUAAUUGAAGGUGAAGUAUCUGUUGGGAAAUUAAUUCAAGGUGAAAGCUCGGGAUGUUUUCCAUGGGGUGGAGAUGAGCGUAAAUGUGAAUAUUAUGAAGUACUUACUUUGAAAUAUUGAAAAAUAAACGUUACAUUUGUUUAUUUACUAAAAAAAUUGUUUUAACAAAGAAAUGUAUUUAAUUUAAAAUUGAUCCUUAUGAAUUUGUCAAUAAUAAUUAUUUAUUAUCAUUACAACUAUACUAAAUAAAAAAAUAUUAAAA